AUGGUGACAAAGUUCUACCAGCAUAUCCUAGCCUUGGUGUUUGCUGUCGAAGAGAUCAAUGAGAAUUCCAAUAUCUUGCCCAAUGUCACACUCGGGUUCCACAUCUAUGACAGCUAUUGGGACUCAAAGAUGACCUACUGCAACACUCAGGACCUGCUCUUUAACUCUCGUAACUUUGUACCCAACUACAAAUGUGGCACCCAGGAAAAUGUAAUAGGAGUCAUCGGGGGACUGAGCUCUGAGACCUCCUCAAACAUGGCAGACAUCUUAGGUCUUUACAAGAUUCCACAGAUUUCAUAUGGUUCAUUUCAACUAGAACUGAAUGAUCAAGUUAAGUUCCCUUCAUUUUAUCACAUGGUCCCCAAUGAAGACCUUCAGUAUCAAGGAAUUCUUGAGUUACUACUGUAUUUCAGAUGGAAAUGGGUAGGGCUGAUGGCUAUAGAUGAUGAAGGUGGAGAGCAUUUUUUGCAGACCAUAGAGCCAAUGCUUUUGCAGAAUAAAAUCUGUUUAGCAUUCAUAAAACGAAUUGGUACCAAUUUGCAUAGCUAUUUUCAAGUACAUAAAGUAGUCUCAGAAACACAGGGGCUUUUCCCAGCUUUUGCAGUAAGCAAAGCUGAUACAGUUAUUAUAUAUGGAGAAACUUCUUCUAUUUCAUGGUUACCAUAUGCUAUAGAAGGAACUAGAAUAAUUCAAGGAAUACAUCCUGAAUAUCAGGAGAAGUUCCACUCAUUCCUUCAGAGGUUGUCGUUCAACAACAGUGCUGGAGAUGAAAUUACGUUUAACAAACAUGGGGAAUUAGUAGGUGGAUUUGACAUUAGAAACUUGGUGACUUUCCCAAAUAGAUCCUACAUCAGGGUCAAAGUGGGGAAGCUGGAUCCUCAGGCUCCUCCAGGGAAAGAGUUUUCCAUUUAUGAGGACAGAAUCAAAUGGCACUGGAACUUAACUCAGGUGCCACCUCUUUCAGUAUGUAAUGACAACUGCCAUCCUGGCUACCAUAAGAAAAAAAAAGAGGGGGAGAAAUCUUGCUGUUAUGAUUGUGCUCCAUGUCCAGAUGGGAUGUUUUCAAAUGAGAUUGACAUGGAAACUUGUGUCCUUUGUCCAGAUGACCAGUAUCCAAACAAAGGGAAGGAUCAGUGCAUUCCUAAGAUUCCAAACUUCCUGGCUACUGAUGACACUUUGGCUAUUGUUCUAAAUUUCUCUGCAGUUUUGUUAUCACUGAUUACAGUGCUGGUGCUUGGCAUCUUCAUCAAAUACCAGGACACUGCCAUAGUCAAGGCCAAUAACAGAAGCCUCACCUACAUUCUCCUCAUCUCCCUUCUCUUGUGUUUCCUGUGCUCCUUGACGUUCUUCGGAAGGCCUAAUGAGGCAAACUGCCUUCUCCGACAAACUGCUUUUGGUAUUGUCUUCUCUGUCGCCCUCUCUAGCAUCUUGGCCAAAACCAUCUCUGUGGUUUUGGCAUUCAUGGCUACCAAACCAGGAUCCAGGAUGAGGACAUGGUUGGGACAAAGGCUGGCUUAUUCCAUUGUACUUUCCUGCUCCAAAAUUCAAAUAGGGAUCUGUACUCUGUGGCUGGCAACCUCUGCACCGUUCCCAGAUGUGGACACAUACUCAAUGACUGAAGAAAUUAUAUUGCUGUGUAAUGAAGGUUCAAGCAUCAUGUUUUAUUGUGUCCUGGGCUACUUGGGCUUCCUGGCAUUUCUCAGCUUCACUGUAGCUUUCCUAGCCAGGAAGUUGCCUGACAGUUUUAAUGAAGCCAAGUUCAUCACUUUCAGUAUGUUGGUCUUUUGCAGUGUUUGGCUCUCCUUUGUUCCUACAUACCUGAGCACAAGUGGAAAAUAUAUGGUGGCUGUGGAGAUCUUCUCCAUCUUGGCUUCCAGUGCUGGGCUACUGUGUUGCAUAUUUUUCCCUAAAUGCUACAUCAUUUUACUGAAGCCUGAGUUGAACAACAAAGAGCAACUGAUUCGAAGAAAGCUAUAA